GAAUGAACCAACAUGAACAAAGUCUUUUCUUCUGGUCUUCAUUCCAGGGUCUCAUACAAAGCUGACGGACAAAAUGUCACACUAACAUGUGAUGAUGUGAAUCAUAUUUGUAAAGUGGAAACUCUUCUCUCCCAUCUUUCCCAUGUGACCUGAAUGCAGCAUCAGUGUUACAGGCUGUGACUCCUGUUGAACAGACUGACAUAGUGUGAUAUUACAUAGAUUCAAAUCAGUUCAGUGUUUUUCAAUGAGCUCUGUUGUAAACAAGUGUUAACACACAGUAUCUCUGUCAAAGCGCUCCUCUUCCUGGGCUGAACCAAAGCUUGAUAACCCCUCCCUCUUCUUCCUGCUCUCAAACACAGCCAGCUCCACUCUGUCCACAUGUUUCCUUGUUCCCUCCCCUUCAGAUCUCCAGUUUGAAGAUGGGUGGAACCAACACGUCAGGCCCCGUUCACUGCAGAGACACAUGUUGUUGAGAUCAGAGCUCAGACUAGUUUCAUUUCUGAGGAAGUGAAACUCAGACAGUCGUUGUCACAGAGAGCUGAAAUGGCGCAGAAAGGAGCUCAGCUGGCCCGGGAAACUAUUUCUUGUUCGAUCUGUCUGGAUCUACUGAAGGAUCCGGUGACUAUUCCCUGUGGACACAGCUACUGCAUGAAGUGUAUUCAAAACUUCUGGGAUGGAGAGGAUGAGAAGAGAAUCCACAGCUGCCCUCAGUGUAGGCAGACCUUCACACCGAGGCCUGUCCUGGUGAAAAACACCAUGUUAGCAGCUUUAGUGGAGGAACUGAAGAAGACUGGACUCCAAGCUGCUCCUGAUGAUCACUGCUAUGCUGGACCUGAAGAUGUGGCCUGUGAUGUCUGCACUGGGAGAAAACUGAAAGCUCUGAAGUCCUGUCUGGUCUGUCUGGCCUCUUACUGUGAGAAACACCUCCAGCCUCAUCAUGAUGUAGCUCCAUUAAAGAAACACAAGCUGGUGGAGCCCUCCAAGAAGCUCCAGGAGAACAUCUGCUCUCGUCAUGAUGAGGUGAUGAAGAUGUUCUGCCGUACUGAUCAGCAGUGUAUCUGUUAUCUCUGCUCUGUGGAUGAACAUAAAGGCCACGACACAGUCUCAGCUGCAGCAGAAAGGACUGAGAGGCAGAGAGAGCUCGAGGUGAGUCGACUAAACAUCCAGCAGAGAAUCCAGGACAGAGAGAAAGAUGUGAAGGAGCUCCAACAGGAGGUGGAGGCUAUCAAUGGCUCUGCUGAUAAAGCAGUGGAGGACAGUGAGAAGAUCUUCACUGAGCUGAUCCGUCUCAUGGAGAAAAGAAGGUCUGAUGUGAAGCAGCAGGUCAGAUCCCAGCAGGAAACUGAAGUGAGUCGAGUCAAAGAUCUUCAGGAGAAGCUGGAGCAGGAGAUCACUGAGCUGAAGAGGAAAGACGCUGAGCUGGAGAAGCUCUCACACACAGAGGACCACAACCAGUUUCUACACAACUACCCCUCACUGUCACGACUCAGCCAAUCUACAGACUCAUCCAGCAUCAAUAUCCGUCCUCUGAGGGACUUUGAGGAUGUGACAGCUGCUGUGUCAGAGCUCAGAGAUAAACUACAGGACGUUCUGAGGGACCAACGGACAAACAUCUCACUGACAGACACUGAAGUCCAUGUUUCACUGUCAGGACCAGAACCAGAGCCCAAGACCAGAGCUGAGUUCUUAAAAUAUUCACGUGAACUCACACUGGAUCCAAACACAGCAAACACACAGCUGUUAUUAUCUGAGGGGAACAGAAAAGUGACAUUAAUGAAACAACCUCAGUCUUAUUCUAGUCACCCAGACAGAUUCACUUAUUGGGUUCAGGUCCUGAGUAGAGAGAGUCUGACUGGACGUUGUUACUGGGAGGUGGAGAGGAGAGGAGGAGGAGUUGAUGUAGCAGUCACAUACAAGAAUAUCAGCAGAGCAGGGAGCUCAGAUGAAUGUGGAUUUGGAUACAAUGACAAAUCUUGGAGGUUAUAUUGUGACACAAACAGUUAUAACUUUUGUUACAACAAAGUCCGCACUCCCGUCUCAGGUCCUCAGUCCUCCAGAGUUGGAGUGUACCUGGAUCACAGUGCAGGUAUUCUGUCCUUCUACAGCGUCUCUGAAACCAUGACUCUCCUCCACAGAGUCCAGACCACGUUCACUCAGCCUCUCUAUGCUGGACUUUGGAUUUAUUAUGGAUCCUCUGCUGAGUUGUGUGAAGUGAAAUAGACAGAAGUCAUUGAAGGGUUAAAUUCUGUGUUUCAUGUCUUCAGCUUGUUUUGUUUCCAUCAUUGUUGCUGACAGCUGAUUGUUGUGGCAUUUCUUCACCUGUCAAUCAAACACUGUGGGCGGUACUUUGCCCUCUUCUCAUUGGUCGUUGUGUAAAUGUUUGAGUUUCUUUAGGUGGAGCUCCUUCCUGUGUCUGUUUAGCCAUGGAGGCUAUCACUGCUCAUGAUGACUUUAGUUAACCUGAACUGACAUUUCUCUGCAUGAAAAUAUAAACUUCUCUGUCAUUUCAAUGAUUGUUCAAUAAUUGUACUGAUAUAUGUUGUUGUUUCUUUUCCACUUACUUAGAUAUUUGGGUCUAUGUUGGGUUUUGGUGUCAAAUGAGGUGUUAUAAAACUGUAAUUAUGUUCAUAAUCAAUAAGGAGAUGAUUGAUUGUUUUCUUGUACAUAGCUGAGAUUCUGGUCAAACAAACUGAUUGUGUGGAUGAAGUGAAUCUGUACAUCAAAUCGUUGAACGAGAGUCAUCUGGGCAGCCUUCACUGCAGGACAUCUACACCACCAGGGUCAUCAGGAGAGCUCAUAACAUCAUAAAGGACAAUACACACCCACAACACAGUCUGUUCACACUUCUGCCACCAGGGAGGCGCUACAAGAGUCUGAAGUCCAGGACAAAAAGACUUUCAAACAUCUUUGACCCACCAUCAGGACAUCACACUCUUGAACUUGUAAUGUCAUUUGAACUGUUACUGGAACAGAGCACCUUAUUUUUCAACCCUUAACUUAGGUCUGCUCUGCACUUUAAGCUAUGUUUAAUAUAUACUUUAUUUUAUCAAUAAGAAUUUCAUUGCUGUAUGUGCUUUUACUCGCCAAUGACAAUAAAUCUCUUGA